AUGAAUAGUCACGAACCAGAAGACUUUACUGAUAUUUCCACUCCUUCUUUUUCGACGAUGGCGUCAUUUCAUUGCCCUCUUCCAAAAGUGAGGUCUUUUUCACAUUCAACUAGGGAACCACUAGGGCUUGGGUACGCGUAUCAAGUUGAAACUACGGUGACUUAUAGACCUGGAUAAGAAGUAUUGAAAACAAGAAAGAUUAUCUGUUAAACCACGUAGGCUUCUGAGAGAAAGCUCCUCGAAUAAAUCCAUGAAGUUUUUUACACGCCUGAACCUUCCUCUCUCACCGAGGUGGGCUGACGCAGUGGUUAAAGGGCCAGUCUCAUGAUUGAUUGAGGGCAAAUCUUUUUGCAUUUUUCUUAAAGACUAAGUUCUUUGUACGAGUGCGAAAUUCGAAAAUAUUUGGAAGUUUUAUCAAUAUAGUUUCUUUUUUCCGAGGAAGUUCAAGAAUAUUUUCCUCGAGAUCUAGGAAAAACGCUGACAGAUAUCGUAGUUUUACUGAAAACUACUGUUAUUCACUUGUUUAAUUUACUUUUGAGAAGCAAAUGAACCAAGAUAAAUUCUUUUUCAUCAAUUUCUUGACUUCGAAAAAGUUUUUCCUGGACUUCUUUGAGAAGCUCACUUUCAGAAGCCUAUGUGGUUUAGCAGAUAAUCUCUCAUGUUUCUAAGAGCUCUUACUCAAGUCUAUAAGCCAGCUUCAACUUGAUACGCGUCCUCCAGCCCGAGUAGUUCCCUAGUAAGAGCUAACUAAGAAAUGAUUCCUCUGACUAGUUGUUUCUUAUUGUUGAGAAACUAAAGAGAAAAAAAGUAUGUUAAGUAUAGCAGUUUUUUAAGGUUUUACGCAAAUUCUUCACUAGCACUUAUUGGGCAACAUUGGCGAUAGCUCAGCUUUCCUAUAUCUAUUGCUGUCAUGGGAAAUGGAAGGUAGGAAAAGUCCAUUCCACCCAAAAAGGGAAACUUCUCUAGGCUGCGCCUCUUUUGGCAGCUGCCGCGCUUUUGCUGUCUUCUGUCGCCAUUCUACUUUUCGUUGACCCCCUCGACCCCGAAAACCGAGAGCUGUUGUUGGUUUUCCUUUUGUAUCAGUUUUUUUUUUGUUUUCCAGAGCUUCUCUGAAAUAUGGGAACGAAGAGCUCACCGUUGAGGUGGACGUUUUGAAGUUCAAAGAUGUGAUAGACAUUGAAGAGACUCAACUUUCGCUGCAUCGCUUCCUAAAGGAGAUUGGUAGGAAAUCUUCGUCAGUUUUUUCUAAUUCUUUUUUUUUUCUUUAGAACUUCUUUCUUCUCUUUUUCCUGUGUCGGUUUGGCCGAGAAGUUUUGUUGAAUAUGUGACUGAAAUGCAGCCUAAUUUCGAUAAGGAGUUUUCAGCCAGUAGUUAUUCCGAAUGUGUCACUCAUUUGAAGGUUUUUUCACCUACUUUUCUUUCUCAAAUAAUGCAAUUUGAGAAUUCUUCGCAGAGUCAGAUGUACGCAAUGGCUUGCAGAGUGUACUGUAUUUCUCGGGGAGACGAUUGCAAAGGAGAAGUUGCAUCUUUUUCUCUGGAUCCUUGCACCAAAAAAGUUUAAGGGGAAUUUUGACGGUUUUUUCAAAGACGACAGUAUCGUGCACGGAAAACUUUUCUACGCGGCCCUCGUCGGGUGGCACCACGAAAAAAUUGACGACGCGCAAGUCUGGAGCUCGAGGAUCCAGCCGCGGCCUCCAUCUCCCCAUGUCUUCUUUGCGAGGCCAGCUUCGAAAGUUGGUUUAUUGGAAAAUAGCCGCGCGAGAAAGGUCUUGGAAAAUAACUGAGGCAAAAUAACCUUGCUGAGGAACGGCGUUGAUUGGACUAUGCUCCUAACUUUUGGAAAAAAAAAAUGGAAGUAUCGCAAUUUUUAUAUUUUCUCGGUUCAUGUUAGGUUUUUAACUGAGCAAAAAAGAACUUUAUAUUAUGAAUGAUUUCAGUGAUAUGCAAAUAUGCAUUUCAAUACGUUGACGGGAACGAAAACUACAAUUUUUCCAACUUUGAUUUUUGGCUUGACAAUCUGAAAAAGCGCCUGUUUUUUUGACUUUCAAACUUUUGAACAUCUUUAUCUAUACGACUUUAUGAAAAGCAGAAAACCAUUAAUAUGAAGCCCAAUUAUGACGUCACAAGAACCUUUUGAGGCUUUAUUGGCGAUUUUGCGAUUCUUUUUUCCAGGUUUUGCGACCAGACUCACAUUUCUAGUCUAAACCAAAGAUAUCACCUCGUGCAGAAAAAAAAAACGGAAAAUAAGCCUUUAGAAGGAUCAAAACCAUACGGAACCCUCGUUGCAAAGUUUCCAACUGGUUUUCGAGCUGCGUAGGACUUCUUGGUCCUAUCUUCAAACCGCUGUAAAGGUUUCAAAUAAUGUUUCAAAACACUGAUCUCUUUCUUUAAUUAUUCAGGAAGUUGAAAAUAUUUGUUCCAAGCACUUGCGAAGUCAACAUUUAAGCUUUCGUCUAAAAGGAACCCUUUUUUCGGCAGCUCAACGAGAAAUUUAUAUUCAGUACGUUUUAUGACAUUGUCUGAAAUCCUAGAUUAUGGGAGGAUUUUCUGCGUAUAAUCACAGGCUUAUCUAUACGGAUUCAUAGUGAAAAAUGACGAAGUCGAGUUGCCUGUUUCAAAGAGGCCACUUGUUAAAAUUGUUUUCAUUUCCUAUUUUGCAGAUGCUUACCAUGAGCGUUCUUAAACUUUUAACAUAAAGCGUAUAUUUAGGAAGCUCCGCUUGACUUUGGUCCCCUGGAUUUUCUUUGCUGGCUUCGCUUCAGUGUUUCAAUUAGGCUUCAAGACCUCUUCGAUGGUUGGGUUUUUUUUUUCUUUCGAUCAAUAGAAGAACUAUUUUUAAGCUUUCUACGAUAAGCACUCUACUGUACAUUGAGUUUUCGGCUAUUUCUCGUUUCUUUGAUGUGAAGUAUCAGAAUGCGCUGUUUUUGAUUACAUUGUUGGUCUCGCUCACAGGUAUCAACGUGAAAAAGUUCAGAUGUCAAACUUUUUUGACAGCUUAUUCAAUGGGUUUCUCGCUCUGUAUUGCUGUUUCGCCACAAAAAGUACGUCGAUUGAGUCCUUUGAAGAUCUACAAUUUAGUCAGUAAAUACUGGGUCGCUCUAAUGAUAGGUGAGAUAUUUAACUCCUACGCUCACAACAAUUAUCUCAGUUUUCACCACGCUUUAUCCUCUGAAUUACUACUAUCAACUCGGCCUUUCUUCCCUGAUUUCGGUGCUUCUCUGCGGGCUUCUAUCCUCGGCUUUUGGAGCUCUGAUCGUACUGCCUCAAUUGAUUCGACUCGUUGGAAUAAAUGUUAUUGUAUAUUCCUUUAAAAAAUAUAUAUUUGAACUAUUCAGAUCGAAAACGCUGACAAGAGAGCUUGCGAGAGGUAUUUGGAGGCCAGAGUCUUCCACAGAAAACGUUUUUCUCAGUUUCCAACUCCCACAUAAAUUUUAUUCCAGAAAAACUGAAAGAAAUGAACAGACAGAAGAGGAUUGUGUGGGAUCGGUGUUCAGGAUUAGAAGCUCCUCCGGUGAGAACAAACUUCAUCAAUUCUGAGAAACCCUACAAAAUCCAGAACACUUUGAGUACAAGCCGCACACGAAGCAGUUCUAGACAAACAGGACCAUCGACAUCAAGCGAAUUUUCCUCUGUUCUGAGCACCGAAGGAUCGAACGAUUUUGAAGGUCUGUCAUUCAUUCAAAAUUUAUUUUCUUUCUUCUUUAGACUUGAAAGCUUUUCUCUUUCAAGAUGUGAAAAUCCACAGUUUUCUCAUUAAACUGAAGCCUCAAAUUCACUCGCACAUCAAAUAUUUGAUUUUAAUUUUUAGUGGAAGACGAAGACGAAGAAGUGCGCGAAACAAUACGACAGCUCCGCGAACGAUGGACACGGCAGAAAACAGACAACAGCUUCCUAGAAAACGUUACGCAUGCAGACGAAGCUUUGCAAAAUUUGAAAUUGGAACGCGCCGAAAGAAACAAACGUAAAGAAGAACUGAUCGCCACAAUCGAGGAGAAGACAAAAAGAGAAGAAAAAGAAGAAGAGAUGGGUAUCGAAGAAGCUGCUGAACCGCAAGCUGUUCAUCCCUUGGCUCAACAUUUUCCACCAAACUUUACUUGGGAGAUGAUCGAGUUCAUCACCAAUCCAAACAACCGAGGGGGAAUUCCUUGGUCUCCCUUCGAGCCUUCUCCAGCUCAAGAGUUGAUAUUGGCUCCGAACGUAGAGGCAGUAAUAAUGGAAGAAGACGAUGAUGAACCUGAUGAACAAGCACGGGAGGAGCAGGAGUCUGACGAAUCAGGCGAAGAAGUCAACCAUGUCAACGACGACAGAGGCGGCGACGGAGACGCCGAAAGCAGCGACGAUCCGAGCAACGACGAAUGGCUUGAAGAAGACGAGGGCUUCGGUGCAGACGUCGUCUAG